AUGGCGGCCGAAUCCCCCUCACCAGUCUUUCUGCCCCGUCCUUUGCCGACCCUCUUGCGCCUCUUAUUUGUGCUCCUCCUCCUUGUCGCACCCUCCAUUCAGUCUCCACCGCCGAAAAACAUGUCCAAACCAACCAUUGUCCUUGUGCCAGGCGCAUGGCAUCAACCAGCGCACUAUAGUGCCUUGAUUGGAAUUUUGGAGAGCGCCAGCUACGAGGUUGUCACCAAGAGACUCCCCAGUGUCGACUCCUCGACGCCUACCCAGCAGUCAGUGCCAAACGAUGCAACUUUCAUCGAGAAGCAUUUGUUGUGUCCGCUCGUCGAUCAGGGAAAGGACGUUCUAUUGUUAAUGCACUCUUACGGCGGCUGCCCCGGUGCCGACGCCGCCAAGGGCUACAGCAAGAAGGAGAGGACGGUAGCCGGCAAGAAGGGAGGUAUCAUCGGCUUAGUCUUCAUGGCCGCCUUCUUGGCUAAUGAGGGCGACUCGUUGCUGAGCAAGCUCCCUAACCAGGAGUACGACCCGUGGGUCGUAUGGAAUAAGGAAACGUCGCAGCUCAACGUGUCCGACCCCAAGAACGUCUUCUACAACGACGUCAAUGACGAAGUCGCCAAAGUCGCCAUCUCGCAGCUCAAACUCCAGUCUGAGCCGGCUCUAUCAUCGCCGAGCGGCCCACCGGCCUGGCCAGACUCUGUCUACGAUGGGAAGAGGGCAUACAUACAGACGGCGUUGGACAACACGAUUCCGUUCGUGGCUCAGGAUGCUAUGGUCACUUAUUCUGGGGUCAAGUGGGACGUCACCAAGUUGAACACUGGACAUAGCCCCUUCUUGAGUCAGCCUCAAGCUGUCGCUGACUUCGUUGUUGACCGCUUGAAGGCGUAUGACUACUGA